CCAGGCUCCUCCUGCUCCGGGUCCCUCCUGUCUCUUCCCUGGCUCCUCCCUCCUUCGUUGCCUCCCUGGUCUCUGUCUGCCGACCUCCUCCCGGUGGUCCGUCCUCCUCCUGAGCCUCCGCCAUGGUUCCCACCCGUUUCCCCCCCCCUCUGUUGUUCCACGGUGCGAGGACGCACCUUCCGGGAGGGGGGAGUAAUGUCACGUCCCUGGACUGUCUUGUGUGUGUUUUGCUCCCCAUGUGUGCCCUGUGACCUAGUUUCUGUCUCCCCUUGAUUGUUUAAUUUGAUGCCAGGUGUGUCUCCUUAGUUCACUGAUUGUCUUGUCUUUAUAAACCCCAGUCCUUUCAGUUAGUGUUUGUCGGUCUUUAAGUGUCUACGUAAGUGUCUACCCUACCUGUGAUCUGUGUUCCUGUCUAUAUAUUAAACUCCCGUGUUGCUAAUUCCUUGUCUUCUCGUUCCUGGUUCCCGUGCUCCCCUGUGAGAUGUGACACCUUCACUCCAAGACCUGCUUUAAACAAGAAUGUGGUGUUUGCUGAAAUGGUGGAGAAACUGAAGAAGACCAAAGUUCAAACAGCUCGUCAUGAGUUAUACUGGACCUGGAGAUGUGGAGCGUGAUGUCUGCACGGGGAGAAAAUACAAAGCUGUAAAGAGAAAGAGAAACAGAAAACUUUGAAGGAGACACAGAGUAAGUUCCAGGAGAGAAUCCAAGAGAGAUACAAGGUGUUCCAGGGGCUGAGAGAGGCUGUGAACACUUACAAACGCUCCGCACAGGCGGCAGUGGAGGACAGUGAGAGGAUCUUUACUGAACUGAACCGCUCCAUUGAGAGAAGCCAAUCUGAGGUGAUACAGAUGAUCAGAGAUCGAGUAAUAGCUGAAGUGAGACGAGCUGAAGCACUCUUGGAGCGACUGGAGCAGGAGAUUGAGAAUCUAAAGAGGAGAGAUGCUGAGCUGGAGCAGUUUUCACACCAAGACAAUCACAUCCAUUUCCUACAGAUUCCUGUCCAUUUGAUAUGGAUGUAAAUACAGUGAAUAAAAAUGUCCAGUUGUCUGGGGGAAUAGAGUGGCUACUUGCAGUUAACAAGUCCAGCAAAGACCAGUCUUGAUGGCAUGAGUAAAUUUCCACUUUGAACUGUUUUCAUUUUAAGUAGUUAGCAGUUGUUCUGUGAUAGCACAUAUAUUUUUAAGCUUUUUAAAACAAAUUUCAUUCAUCAAAUAAAGCCACGUCAUAACCAAAGUUUUAAUGUGGAGAGUUUGCUAAAAAAAAAAAAAAAAAUACUGAUUGAUUAGUGUUCGCAGAAAAAACUGACACUUCUAAAAAAAUAUUUACACAUCUAAUACUAUGUAUACGCACAGAUGAUGUUUAAUGUUCAAUGUACAGAGAGGUUUGAGUCGACCUCAUUUGCAUAGCACACUACUCCCACUCUGAGGUCCCUAUUUAAACAAGCACUCUACGUUCUGGAGCUGGAAAUGGGUUCGUCUUUACUUUGUGAGUUCCUGUCAAGCCAAUAUUAAUACAUUUGAUAUUCCACUCAGUUUACAUUUUAAUUUCUAUUUAGUUUCAUAUUAGAAUAUUGUCACAGUCUGCUUUCAGACAAUACGAUUCAAAAUGGCUCAGCUUUUAUCAACAUGCUUCUUAGUUUUGAUAUCAAUGCAACUGGUCAAAUCCUCUGCUGUGUUUGAGUUGAAAGUGCAAUCUUUCACAACAACUACCAGCAGCAGUGUGUGCAAACAGUCCAGAGACUGUCAGGUUUUUUUCCGUGUUUGCCUGAACUACACGCAGGACGUCAUAUCAUAUAGACUGGCAUGUUCAAAUGGCACUGGACUGACAGAAACGUUCAGCUCAGACCAGAGCUCCAUCUCCACUAGUGCACCAAUAACUGUGCCCUUUAACUUAAAUUGGCUGGGAACAGUCUCGGUGAUAAUUGAAGCAAGGAAUGCAGAGUCCUCCAAUGAUCAGCCAACAGAGAAACUAAACAAUAUGAUUGGCCACUUUGCCACCAAUAUAAAUCUUAAUAUUGGUCAGAAAUGGUCCCUUGGAGAGCAUCUAGGAGAGCAAAGUGAGCUACGCUUUUCCUACCGUGUAGUGUGCGAUGAAUUCUACUAUGGAGAUGACUGCUCUGAUUUCUGCCGUUCACGGGAUGACCCUUUCGGUCACUUUACCUGUGACGACACUGGCAACAGAAUUUGCUUACCUGAAUGGAAAGGCGAUUAUUGUGCAGAGCCUAUCUGCUUAUCUGGAUGUAGUGAGGAACAUGGUUAUUGUGAGGCCCCCGGUCAGUGCAAGUGCUUUAUCGGGUGGCAGGGCCCCCGCUGUGAUGAAUGCGUACUUUACCCAGGGUGCCUACAUGGCACCUGCGAACAACCCUUUCAGUGCACUUGUAAGAAGGGAUGGGGUGGCCUGUUUUGCGACAAGGAUCUUAAUGUCUGAAUUCAUAUAUUUAGUGCUUUCCUGGUUAAGUGAUUUAAUUCAUAAUUGGCUGCUAUGGUUGAGAAACCACUUGGAAAAAAAAUCCUAUUUCUUUAGUGUCCUGAUAACAAUAGACAGAAUAGUGUUUAUGCCAUUAAAAAAUAAAUAAACACAACUGAAAACUGUGUGCACUUUCCUAAGGCUCAUAAGGGCUAGUCUGAUAUUAACUGGCCAUUUCAACAGCAAAUGUGCCUUCACAACAGAGGAGUCAUUACCUGUCACAACAAAAGCAUAUUAUAUUAUCAUGACGCCUGCUGGUAGAUGUCAAAACUACAUCAUCUGAUCUGACAGCAAAGAGCAUCCUUCUCCAUUGACAGUCAUUCAAAAACAUGUGUAGUCUGACUAUAUGUUUUGCAAGCAACAUAUGGAUCAUGAAGAUAAAAACGAAUAUUUCACAUAUACACUCAGAAAUAAAGGUACAAAAGCUGUCACUGGGGCAGUACCUUUUCAAAAGGUACAUGUUUGUAACUAAAGGGUCCGUUUUGGUACCUUAAAGAUACAUAUUUGUAGUGUGCAUAUUUGAAGCUAAUAGGUACAAAAGUGUACCUUUUGAAAAGGUACUGCCCCAGGUACCUUUAUUUCUGAGUGUAAUAUACAAGAUGCUUUGCCAGUGACCAUUUUUGAGGGCUCCUAAAAGUGUGAAAUGGCUUUAGAUCGAGUGUCUUCCUUCCUAUGGAGCCAUAAGGAAUGUUUAGGUAAUUAGAACUUUCAUUCUAUGCAAGAAUAUACUACUAUCACAAAAUAGUUCAGCUUCAAAUUCCAUGAAAUUUAAAAAUGACAAUUACAUAAAAUGUUAUAUUAUUACUAAUUUGAUAACUACUUCCAUUUAUCCUCAUUCAACAACAAAGUGUUAAGCCUUUUUUUGACUAUAUUCUAUACAUGUUUUGUUGGAGAGUUACAAUAGUGGAAGGAUGCCUGAAUAUGCUUUCUCAAUAUAUUUCUCCUAUAUUUUAUUUUGAAAGCCAAUCAGCCAAAGCAAGAGGCCACAAAUUUAAUAUUUAACCUUUUGAGCAGUAUGGUCCCACAUAUAUAACGUGGAGUUCAAUAUCCAGAGAAGAAAGCCUACAAAAUGUUGUGACAUUAUAUAUAAAUAUGAACUCCCUUUGAAACUGUUGGCCCUCCUUAUAGAAAAAAAAGAAAAAGUGAAACACCACACAGACACCAUUUGAGCAAAUCCAUUUUGUUUUAUUAAGAUUUUUUUUUUACUCAUAACAGUAAGAGUCAAUUCUAACAAUAAUAAAUGUGCAUAAAACAAGUCUUUUAGAAUGCAGCACAAUAUCUUACAGCAACUAUAAGCAAAGGGCAGGUGUAAGAUUCCAUGGAGGGCGUUAAGCAUCCAAGCAAGUGCUUUCAGCAGGCAGGACCACCUGUGGUUUCGCCGUCUGCAACGGCCGACCAGCUUUUAGGCAUUGCGUUUAGUGAAGGAAAGUGAUGCUUUGGUUUAAUAGCUCUUGUGCAGCAACCUCAAAUGAGUAAAACGCUGACCUCAGCGGAGGAUUUGACAGUUACAUUCAUUUUGUUUGUUUUUUUGUGUGUGUGGUUGGUGUCCUUUUCCUGCUGAAGGCACAUUACCAAGUAACAAAGCGAUUUUUCUGUUGUCGUGUGUUAAGUGGACGUCUUUUGCUAGCAUCUAGAGUCGGUUUGAAGGCCUUUUUAUUAAUAACUGUACUGUUCUUACGGUUAUACUCAGAUGGAUUAUUGGUGAACGUGCCUCAAUUCAGGCUCAGAUAUCGAUCGAGAUACUUGAUUUACACUAUGCUGUGGCAAUGAUAGUUACGGUACUGUGAGAAAUUAACUUAUCUACGUACUUAUCUAUUAUGAAAAUUUUACUCUGUUAAUUUUUCUUCUUCAUGCAGUUAUUUAUGUCCAUCAUAUGACAAAUACUGUGUUUUUGAAGGUGAAGUAUCUAUUUGUAAACAAAACCAAUUCCCCACAGUGGAAAUCAUGACGAGGCGGAGUGUACUGCCAAUUUUUGAGACUCUCGGUACGUGUCGGUACUGUAUGCAGGCAACGCGGAGCUUUAUUUUUAUUUCUUUCUUUUUUUCUGAAUGUGAUGGGCGGAAAUGAUAAUAAAAGAGCUGUGCCAUAUUUCUGCAAGCAUCAUUUGUUAGCUGGACUAUUACUCUAAUUCUUAAAUUAUCCUAAGAAAAUUUCUCAUAGUUAUAGAAUCUUUUAUUAUUCAAAAUAAGAUCUCAAUAUUAUACAUGUUCCUUUUCUUUUCUUUAUAUUGACUAUGUACAGAAGUGCAAAAAGUCAACCUUCGUCCCUUAAGUUAUGGCUCUCUCUCUCGUUUGCAGCUCGAGGCCCGACCCUCGACCCUGUGACCUCCCUCCUUUGUUUUACAUCUUUAAAUAUUCAGAAAUCUCUGGAGACAAGUUGCUGCUCAUUUUGGCCUGACGUUGAGGGAUGUUUUUUUUUUUUUUUUUUUUUUGAAAUAUUACAAGACGAUUUUUUUUAAAUU